AUGUCAGUCAACGGAGCAGUGUUGAAACCUCAUUACCAAAAGCACCUCGGCACCAACAACCUCCCCUUUGACGUAAGCAGCGACGGAUUAGAGACCCUCCAAUACAUGUCACCCACGCCCCGCCAAUCUCUAACGAUAAAAUCAAACAACAGCAAUAACACCAGCGGAACCGGUGGUGUUGGUGGUAAUGGGUCCCAUACCAGGAUAUCCGCUUCGGACGGAUACGUAUAUUUAACCAGCAAGAGAUUCAUCUUCAUCACCGCCACACAGGGAGAUAUCGACUCGUUCGUCAUUGAUUUGACGUUGGCGCCGCUACUACAAUUAACGCACAAGUUGCAGGCUCCUUGGUUUGGUUCUAAUUAUUGGCAGUUUAUCCUUUUCAGCGUGCCCGAACCUAGCAUUGCGAGCGAUGGACUACCUAAGAAUGAGUAUUUCAAGGGAGACUUGCAUUUUCAUGAUGGUGGGGUGUUUGGCUUUGUGGAGGUCUUGAACCGGGUCUUGAAUGAUGUCGUGAACAAUAAAGAUAUCGACGAGUCGUUGCCUGCCUACUCCGCUUGA